UCACUUCCCUUCAUUUCGAGUUUUCAUUAGUCUUGUGCAAACUCGAAGCAAGGCUGAUUAUCCUGGGUAUUCUUGCAUCCAAACUCUAAGACGAAAUUAGAGAGUGCUUGAAAUACUUUAAGGAAAGUGAUUUCCAUCACGAUCAAGCCUAAUUUUCUAACAAAUAAAUGGAAGGAGAUAUUCAUAAUUGGGACGGAGAUAAAAGUUCUUUGGUGAAGAUAAAAGUAUUGUUUUUCGCUAGAGCCCGUGAUCUUACUAGCCUGAGUGAGAUGUCAUUGGAGGUGUCGUCGGGAAGUACAACUCAUGACUGUUUGAAAAACCUUGUUGUCAAGUUUCCAGGUUUGGAAGAAAUUCAAGGGUGCAUGGUCUUGGCUCUGAAUGAGGAGUACACAACAGAGUCAGCUAUUGCUAAAGAAAAAGAUGAGUUAGCCAUAAUACCUCCAAUAAGUGGUGGUUGAAGUACAACUUACAUUUACUACUGCAGAUUACUUAUAGUUUUGUGCUCUAAUAAAUAUCAUUCCAAAAAUGUUCUGUAUUUGAAUAAAUACUGAUGACUGAUGAGAUUAUACAUCAUUUAGGGUAAUUUAUUUGGGAGGAUCUGUUCUCAAGAGGUUAACCUUUCUCGCCACAUAAAUUUCUAAGCGAUUUGUACAUCAACGGAUCAUGUUACUUAGCUUGAACCAAAAAGAAAUGUUUUAAGCAGUGAGUUCAACCUUUUGAGAAGUCCAGCUCUCCAUGAAAUUAGCCUACCACUAUGUAUAAUGAGAAUGAUUGUAUUUGUAAACUUCAAAGUGUAAUGAACAAUGUGUAUUGAAAACAA